AUGUCGGACCAUCUAUACCAACAGCCUACGCGGCGUGAGUCGCUUGUGGGGGGAGGGGACGAGUUCGACCCCCUAGACCUCCCCCUCCGCCAGGUUACCAAUGAGGCGAAUAUGGCCGAGUAUACCACCGAGACGGUGGAAGGAAAUAUCAUCAAGCCAGUCAAGUCGACUGCCACUGGCAUAGUCGAGGAUUAUAAGCUGGUCACCUUCAAAGUCGAUGAUCCUGAGAACCCAAAGAACUGGUCCAAGGCCUACAAGUGGUACUGUACCAUGGUCGUCUCGUUCACCUGUUUCGUCGUUGCUUUCGCCAGUAGUGUUAUCACUGCCGACCUGGAGGGACCGUCAGAGUCUUUCCACGUCUCUCACGAAGUUAGUCUGGUCACUAUCACGGUUUUCGUUAUUGGUUUCGGUGUCGGUCCCAUGGUUUUUGCUCCAAUGUCUGAAAUGAUCGGCCGUCGACCUGUCUACGCGAUUACGCUCUUGAUUGCAGUCAUCUUCGUUAUUCCUUGCGCCGUUUCCAAGAAUAUUGGAACUCUUAUCGUUUGUCGAGCGAUCGAUGGCAUUGCGUUCAGUGCCCCCAUGACACUCGUCGGUGGUACACUAGCAGAUCUGUGGAAAAAUGAGGAGCGUGGUGUCCCCAUGGCGGCCUUCUCGGCUAGUCCCUUCAUUGGCCCCGCCAUCGGUCCUCUUGUCGGCGGUUAUCUCUCCCGGGCGGGCUGGAGAUGGCUCUACUGGAUCCAGCUGAUCCUGGCCUUUGUCGCUUGGGUCUUGAUUACCUUCACCGUCCCUGAGACUUAUGCUCCCAUCCUUUUGCAGAAGAGAGCCAAGAAGCUGCGGAAGACCGAAAACGAUCCCAAAUACGUCACUGAGACAGAGCUCGACUCUCGUCCCUUGGGAGAGAAGCUCCGUCUCUUCCUCUUCCGUCCCUUCCAGCUUCUGUUCCUGGAGCCCAUUGUUCUGUUCAUCUCCAUCUAUAUGUCUGUCUUAUACGGUUUGCUGUACAUGUUCUUCGUUGCCUAUCCCAUUGUGUACCAGAAGGGUAAGGGCUGGAGCGCUGGUCCUACGGGUUUGAUGUUCAUUCCUUUGGCUAUUGGUGUUCUCCUCAGCGCCGCCUGUGCCCCCCUCGUCAACAAGCACUACCUCACCCUCGUCAAGAAGUACAAUGGAAAGCCUCCAGCUGAGAUGCGUCUCAUCCCGAUGAUGCUUUCUUGCUGGUUCAUCCCUAUUGGUCUCUUUAUCUUCGCCUGGACUUCCUACCCAAAUCUUCACUGGAUAGGUCCUUGCAUUGGUGGUUUGCCCGUUGGCUUCGGCUUUAUCUUCCUCUACAACUCCGCCAACAAUUACCUGGUGGAUACCUAUCAACACCAGGCCGCCUCCGCUCUUGCCGCCAAGACAUUUCUACGAUCCAUGUGGGGUGCCUCCACAGUGCUGUUCACGGAGCAGAUGUAUGACCGAUUGAACGACCGAUGGGCCAGUACAUUGCUGGCCUUCAUCGCCCUCGCUUGUUGCGCAAUUCCCUACGCCUUCUAUUUCAAGGGCGCAUCGAUCCGUCGCUACUCGAAGUUUGCCUUUGCUGACGACGAGGAGCAACAGGGCGCUGGAGAGAAGCAUUAG